AUGUCGACUCCCUUUAGACGUCAGGGCUUGCAAGACAGUCCCUUCACCGACAGCCCCUUGGCCGCCCAGUCCAUCGCCGAUUACAGCGACGCGCACCGUCUCAGACUUGUGGAUCACCACCAGGACAGCGACGCAGGUCAACGGCGUGCCUACGUCGCCGCCCUCAACGAGGUGGCCGGCAAGCAUCUGCUCCCCCAGGAGAGACAGUUUCUCGCCCGUUUCAACCAGUCCCAGCCCCAGACGACCUGCCACAGCCGGCCCAUCGCCGGUCCCUUGCCCGACCGCUCACCCCCCGGCACCCCAUCCACCACGCUGACCGACAUGAACCUUGAACAACGCGCCCAACAGAUACCUAGGCACUCGGCCAAGAUCGUCAACCUCUGGGAGCACGAGGUCCGCGAGGGACACGUCACCGAUCGCGUCAGGACCCGCCGCGGCACCCGCGGCGGUGAGUCGUCCAGGCGCAAGCAGGCCGCCAUCAUGAUGCCCCCCGAACCCCCCGAACCCAUGCCUGACCGCCGGGCCCUCCCUUCGGAUGUCUCGGACGUGGCAUCAAACGCCUCCACCGCCGGCUUCAUCUCCCACGCCAACGGCCUCGUGCUGCCGCAGCCCUCGCCGCCGCUGUCGUCCACCCGCCACGACGAGCGCCCACCGAGCGGUGUCGCUGGUGAUUCUACUGGCAUUGCGGCAGCCCACGUCCAAGAAGUGGCCCCCCUCUCCUCCUCUUUCUUCUUCUCCGCAAACGACAACGGUUCCAGAGCCUUCCCCCGUCCCAAUCAGCUGCAACAACCAGAACCUUCCAUGCGAGACACGUCCAAGGACGACCAUAACAACGCCCGCGCGCAGCUGGAGCAUCUCACGCAGGAGCUUGUCAGUGCCCAGAGCAGUUACAAGAAGCACGCGCAGGCCUUGGUCGACGUCGAUGCAGAGAUCAAGCACCUCAGCGCCUGUGUACUCCGUCUCACGUUCCAGGACAGCCAUCACCAGCAGCAGUUUGGCGCCUAG